AUGCAGAAGCGCGCUGUCAACAGGGUCACCAAAGCGACAAACUUCCGCCGACCCAACCGCAGGAUCGACGAGGACCAAUUGGCCGCCCACUUCGAGGGCACCGAAGAGGAACACGCGCUCUAUCGCGCCGCCGCCGCGGUUGCGAGCGCAGAGGGCCAGGAUGUUGACGCCGACGAGGCCGUGAUGGAGGAAGUGGGCAACGCCUUCAAGAACGAACAGCCACAACAUGAAGUUGACGUAGACGGCGACGGCGAAGGCGAGGCCGAUGUCGACCACGAGGCCCACCAACACGCCGGCCACGACAUGCAGGGCGACGCGCUGGACCACGAGAUGCCGAUGGCGCCCAUGAGCGCCGAGUCGCACCACCAGCAGGCGCAACACAUCGCCCACCAGCACCACGAGCCACACAACCUUGACGACAUCCUCGGCCACCCGAGCAUGACCUACGCGCAAGCUGCCGCGGCAGCAGCAGACCUCCAGCCCCCGCCGCCUCCCCAGCCGAACGUCGGCGGAGCCGCCAUCUCAGCCCCGCAGCCCCUCGUCGCGGCCACCGACUUCCAGCCGACGCCGUCAACGAGCCAACACACGUCACAGGCUCUGCCCGGCCAAUCCCUCGGGCCAGCGCCGGCGAAUUCUACCCAGCAACAACAGCAGCAACAAGAACCCCAGCAGCCGCCGGCCAAGACGACGGAGCAGAUGGCGGAGGAGUCCGGGUACGCGGGGUUCAAGGUGGACAGCGCGUUCGCGAAGCGCAUGUCGCGCGACCCGGGCCAGCGGCUGGCGGAGCAGCGGCGGCAGGGCCAGGACCUGAACCUCGUGCGGCGCAGCAACGUCGAGGCGCUCUUCGCGCAGAUCGCCGGCUCCGAGGCCGCCAACCCCUGCGCCCACUGCCGCAAGGGCCAGGGCCCGUGGACCGUGUGCGUCGUCUACAGCGGCCAGAUGAUGGGCAGCUGCGCCAACUGCUGGUUCAACGCCUCCGGGUCGAGGUGCUCAUUUCACGAGAAAUCGCAACCGCCCUUACCUGGUGCGCACCACCCCUACGCGACCCUUCCAGUGGCGAUGCCGGUCCUCGGCCAAGAGCAAGGAAUAGGCGUAGGGCCAGGAGUCGGCGGCGGAGGCGGGGGCGGCGGGCACAUGGGCUCGCCAGCGCAGCUCCACGCCGCGCAGCUGUGGCAGGCGCCCGCCGCACUGUUCUCGCACGACGCCGGUGUUAAGCACACGGUGCAGGGCGCGUUGUUGCAGGUGCGGCAGGCGGACCGGUACACGCGGGCGCUGAUCGAGGUCGAGGUCGCGGCGAAGCAGCUCGCGCUCAAGAUCGUGCAGGCCGAGGAGCUGGCUGCCGGCCUCGGCGUGGGCGUCGGUGUGGACGGCGAGGAGGAGGGCCAUGUUGACGAGGAUGAGGAUGUCCAGCGCGGUAGUGGGUACGAGUCGCCCGCGCCGGGCGGCAACGGCAUGCCGGAGGACGGGGAGCCGUGA